CCUUCAUUUUCACUCCCUUCUCCCUUUCUCUCUGCUGUUUCUCGAAACACCUCCCAAGUUCCAACCUUCUUCUUCUUCUUCUUCCAGCUAUGGCGUUUGCUCGCUGCUUGCUCCCUCUUCCUCUCGAGACUUUGAAGCAUCCCACUCCUUUAAUUUUCGCUUCUUCUUCUUCUUCUUCUUCUUCUUCUUCCACUCAAUGUUCUUUCACUGUCGCGUUUAAUUCCGCUUCUCGUCAGCGCGGUGAUUUUAAUCUCCCAAUCUCCACUCUCUGCUGCAAAAUGGGCCAUCGCGUGAAAGCCAAGCCACAUGAUUCGGAAGCAACAGUAGUUGCCGGCUCCUUCACUGAAUUCAAACACCUGCUGCUUCCAAUAACUGAUCGCAAUCCUUUUCUUUCAGAGGGAACGAGACAGGCUAUUGCUACUACUGCUGCUUUGGCAAAGAACAAUGGAGCUGACAUAACAGUAAUCUUGAUUGAUGAAAAGCAGAAAGAAUCGUUUCCAGAGCACGAGAACCAACUCUCGAGCAUUCGUUGGCAUUUGUCUGAAGGUUUGUAGAUGUACAUCACUCUU